UAUAUGGAUAAUGUUUUCAAGACAACUAAAUCCUUAAGAGCUGCUUUUUUUAAGAAGGGUUUUGCUGAUAAAAGUGGUACAACUAUACCUGGAGGUAAUUCUGGAGCAAAUUCUUUGGAGCUUGUAAUUGCGGAAAUGGCUUCUGAUAUCACUGCUGGCAGUCCCUACUACGAUUUCUGCAAAAUGAAUUUUUUGAUUGCUGUACAAGACCAAUUGGAAAUUGUCUCGGAAAUAGAGGAACUCCCAAAUGAUGAACCAUAUGAAAAAGCAAAUAAAUUUUUCCGAGCCUUUGAACAAUACAUAGAAGGAUUAUUAGGAUUUACAUAUGCAGACACUUAUAAUGAAAGUCAUGGAACAGCGACAACACUUGCUAACAAGGGAAGAGCAUAUGUUUCUACAGCUUUAAAUCGUUUAACCCAACUUCGUGUAUUAGGAUUUAAGCAGCGUGAAAAUGAUUACCCCACUUUAGCAGUGAAGUGUCGUAUAAUGGGAUUAUACUUGAGUUCCCAAUCUCCAGAAUUAUACAUAAAAAAAGUUGAUAUUAACCCAGCUGAUAGUUCAUGUACCUAUACGAAUAAAAAUAAUGACAGAAAGAAGUACAGUUAUUUUAAUGGCAUAUGGUCUGAAAUAAGUUUCGAUGACCCACCAAGAUCAUUACAAUCACUCGAGGACCUGUUAAAACUUGUACAUCCUCCAAAUCCACCCACAUCCUAACCUAGUGUUAGUUCAACACUGGCA